UGCUUUAUUCAAACAGUAACACAACCAUACAAGCUUGUAGUAAUAGUAAACGCAUGUAAAUAUGCAAGAAAUAAUCACAAUAUUGCAGUAUUAGUUUGUUUUUAUAUUUUUUAUCAUGAAUUUUUCGCGUCAUAUGAGAAACAGAUCUUCAUAUGAAUAUGAUCACAACAAUGGCGACCUCCUUGUUCACGAUAAUGAGGCGUAUGAGGGGAGCGACAAUUUUCCUUCUCUUGGUGCAAAUGGUGGUUUUCCCCAGGGAAUUACCCAAGCUCACUUAGCUGGGAAGAAGUGGUCUCAUCUGGCGCGAAACAAAAGGUUUUUAGCCCGUUCUGCAUCAGUAAGAGCUGGCACACCAGCAGCAAGCCCACACAAUGGACUGGAUAUGGAGAACAUUGCUUUUUGGCCAAAUGCCACGGACCAAGAACAUUUGAACCACAAUCUCAUUUCAUACUUUACGCAACUUGCAAGAAGCAACAAUGACAAUGAUGAGGUGGAUUUUGAUUAUAUUGAAGAUCUUCUUGAAAAAGGGGCUUCUAUUAAUUGUAAAGACAAACAUGGGCAAGGAAUCUUACAUGAGGCAGCAAGAGCUUGGCACACGGACAUUGCAUUGUUCUUGUUGGAGAAAGGAGCAAACAUUGAUGAAACUGAUGUGUUCGGCCGAACCCCACUCCAUGUUGCAUCUGCCACAGAUUACGCUGAGAUGGUUGAACUACUUGUGGAUAAAGGGGCAAACAUAGAGCAACGAACGUUCGAUGAAAAGCAAACCCCGUUACAUUACGCUGCAAGGAACGAUGCUGACGAAUCUCUUCGUUCUCUCAUUAAACUUGGUGCCGAUAUCGAAGCCAAGGAUUAUAAACUUAGAACUCCACUGUUUGUGGCUGCGGAACUAGAUCGAAGCGAGACUGCAAGAUAUUUAAUUGACAUAAACGCUGAUGCAACUGUGGUAGACGACUCUGGUCAACUCUGUAUGACGCACAUGGUUACUAAGAUGGGACCCGUGGCAAAACAAGCACUCGAUCAAUUCCACAGGAAAGACAGAGCGAACAGGAAACAAUAUUUUUAUCUUAAUUUACUCGAAACUGGAAGGAAAAAUCGUAAAAUUUCGAAAAAGAAUCAAACAGAUACACCUCGACAAACAACAUUGGCCAAGACACCAUUAGAGGUGAUUGUUAGCUUCCGACAAUUAGAGCUGAUUCAACACCCUGUUAUAAUGAGGAUGAUUGAUAUCAAAUGGAAUAAAUUUGGAAGACGAGGGGCUUUCCAAGCUUUGUUCCUUAACCUUCUAUACAUACUUGUGUGGACAAUACUUGGUGUGGCCGUGCCGUGGUACAACAGAUACCAUUACAACUUGCCUGAUGAUUGGUGGUUGAUAUUAUUCUGGGUGAUUGGUGUUUUAUUCACUGCGUAUUACAUUGCGUACGAAGUGAGAGAAAUCAUUUUAUCGAGAAGAAGGUUCAAGAAGUGGAAGGAUUGGAGAGAAAAACAAAUUAAACGCGACAUGAAGUUUUGUCAUCCCAAGUGGCCGGAGGAACACAAAUAUCUUGAAAGUGAAACAAAAUAUCUCGAUGAUCUUCUGCCUUCGUAUUUUUCCGAUUUCUGGAAUUAUUUUGAUUGGAUCGUUUAUUUCUUCCAACUUAUUGUUCUGCUUCUCCACAUAAUCGAUGUUUCGUUGACCUCGACCUCCCGUGUUGAUCCAUGUUGUUCCGUCACCAACUUCACCGUAUGCAUUCCAACCCCAUGUUACAUGGAGGCCAGGGUUAACAACUUAAGUCUCAGCGCUUGGUUCAACAGAUUCUUCGUUGUCACCAUACUGUUGUUAUGGUUACGACUUAUGAAGGACACAAGAGCUUUCAGGUUGUUUGGUCCAUUCAUUGUAAUGCUUGGAAAGAUAGGUUGGGAUUUAUUGAGGUUUUUGUAUUUGUACCUGGAGUUCUACAUUCCAUAUGCUUGUGGCUUCUGGAUGGUGUUUGGCAACCUACAAACAAUAUCAUCGAUGUCAACGGUCGAUCAGAUGCUUUUUUCUUUGUUCCGAAUCACUUUGGUUGAUGAAUAUCAAUUCAAUGAGAUGCAAACAUUUGAUAUCGUGAUGGCUUACAUCAUGGUUGGGACAUUCCUUGGGGUGUCGGCAAUCUUAUGCAUCAAUCUAUUCAUUGCUUUGCUGUCCGAUACUUUCCAAAGAGUUUACGACAAUGCGAAUGCUAACGCUGUGAUGCAACAAGCGGCAUUGUUACUUACAAUUGAAGAGAAUCUUUCUAACAGAGCAAGGAAAAAGUUUAUAAAAUACAUCGAUGACAAAUGUAGUCCCGAGGAACAGUUUUACGACGAUGAUCUCACUGUAGCACAAGAUGAUGAUCUUAAAAAAGUGACGAUCAAGAUCAAAGAACAAAUGGAUGAAUUGUUGGAACAUAUUCAUGAUAACGAGAAGGAAAGAAAUUUUGAACCCCUAUCGGCACGUCAACCAGAUAAUGAUGACAAUGGAAAGGAGAAAAGCACAAAACGAAGAAAUGUUUUGGAAGAUUUUUCAUCAGCAAGGAGUGGUAAAGCAGCAAUUUCCGGUCCCAAGAAAAACAUGAAAGAUGUUUUAGGAAUGGUCAUGGCUUCGGAUGAAGGAGGGGGUUCUUCGGGCAGAAAACUCGGUGAAAUGUCAUCAAAGCUGCAACAAUUGCAGAUGACGCAACGAGACCAACAACAAUCGAUGAGGUCAUUAGUUGAUGAUGUCAGAGAAAUAAAACAAUUAUUGCAAUCCAUCGCCCCUGGCAACUUGAAUGAGUUCGGAUCACAAACAUCAGGUCGUGUAGGCAGCGAUGGUGGUGGUGGAAUAAAACAAAAGUCAAGUCUUCUUCACCAAGUUGUGUCAGCUGUCAGUGGUCAAGGUGCUAACAUGCAAUCUCUUAGUCACACUGUGGAGUCCGAGCUCAUUUCACUUCCUGGUUCAGUUCCCGCUACUUCCAGUGAUUCCCACAGUGGAGUAAGAACGACCAAAGUACAAAUCGAUCCUUCACAAAAUAAACCAACCCUCGGACCUGGGGGGAAAGACGAGACAAAUGUUUAAGACGGGACGCCAUUUUCAGAAAAAUGGGAAUCCUGGUCCUCACUUGGACUUGUGGAUAAAGUGCUUACAAAAGUGUGUGUCCUAACUAAUGUUUGUAACAAUUUAUUGCAGAAUUUGUUUUUAUUUGAUUUCGAUGAUUUUUUUAACUUUUUAUAAAGUUAAGGUGUCAGAAAAUAGUUUUGCAAAAGCUCAUGAAACAUUUAUGAUAUUUUAUGGGUAUUCCCCUAAACCAACACCAGCUGUAACUUUAUAGAAUAGUAUUAAUACUAGGAUUCAGCUGCAAAUAUUUUGUAAUGAAAAUAUUUUUUGUUUUUAUUUUUAUAAUCAACAUUUUUUACGGUACGUAUCAUGUUAUUUUUUACGCUACAUAUUAUGUUCCUAUUCAAGAAAUUCAUUUUAAAUUAGAAAACCUUUUCUAAAUGUUUCCUAACAUUUUAGAUUUUAUUUUAAGUUGCCCAAACUAUCAUUAGUUUAUAGGUUUUAUAUAUUUAUAUUACGUGACCGUGAAGAUCUAAAAUGCUGUUAAAAAUAUAUAUUUUUAUUGUUUCUUCAUCAAAACAAAUUUGUAUUUCUCGCAUGCUUCCAAACCCUGGUUAACCAAGACCUACUUUUAAUGCUAAUUGUUUUAUGGAGAUCCAGAAACCACAAUAAAUCAUUAUAAAGUUGAUUUCCAACAAAGUGACAAUUCUGCUUUUGUGUCUCAUUAACAGAAAAAUGCCGAUAACAUUUCAGUAUCGCAAAUAUAUUUUUAAUUAUUGAUUAUUGUAAGCCUCUUACAAAAUUAUUUUAAGUGUUUUGUUAUAAAUUUCACAUUUCUAGAUUUUUCAAAUCAAUGAUUUCUAGGAAACAGUUUAUUUAAAAAUUUACUCUCCCUGUGUGGCCAGCGCCAACCAAUAAAAGUUCCCGAUAUUUUUAUGCAAGAAUAUUUACUUCAACCACCUCAGAGUUGCCAGGACAACCAACUCACCUCUUUUUAAAAUCCCUUUUCAAAUUUUGGGUUAAUUUUCAGCAAGAAUUUUUUCUCCAGUAUUUAAAAAAACAGUAGUACAUGUUAAUGUAUAUCAUAUCCAGUCUUCCCUUGUAUAUGCACUGUGUCUGUUUGUGCUGUGUUUUUAUUAUGCAUGAUACUUUCAUCUUUUGUAAUAAAUUAUAUGGAAAAUUACCUG